AGGAUAGUACUGCCCCUAGGUAGUUCGCCUGGGAUAGGGAGAGAGAGGAAGCUAUUACCGGGAUGGAAUCGAAGCGGACUGGUUGCAAGAUCAGAUAAGACUCUUAGCUCCGCUAGUAACACUCUCGGCUCCGCCAGGAGGAAGAUCGAGUGUACCUUUUGUAAAAGUUCGUUUCCUUGUCUGUUUUGCAAAUGA